AUGUCCCCAUUUCUCUGUUCACCUCCUGGGUGGACAGAUGGACAUGUCUCAAAGUGCAUCGAAGAGAGCUACCUCGAACUUGUUAUACCAGUGGGAGCGAUUCUGGCAUCAACCCUGGUUCUCGGACUCUAUACAUUUCGACAGAGACAUGAUCCAGUUGCCGCGCGCGGAUACCAACCCGUGGCAGCUGAUGACGACGACGACGACGACAACCCUGAAGAUGUUGUUCCUAGCAAUCCCCAGGUUCGCCUUACCCGUCACAUCGAACGGAUGGAAGCCGGGAUCCUGGCCGUUGACCUUGCUGGCGGCGCGGUGCUAGCCUUCUAUGGAGGCGAACUCGCCCCCGGCGGCUCCCUAUUCUUGUCUGCCUUCCUUUUCACCUUGGUGAAUGCGCGAAUGUGGGGUGCUUCCCGCCUGGGUUUGGCCCUGAGGUUUCAUUCAGAAAUACUGUACUGUGUGCAGUGGAUCUGUCUGUUUCCAAUCGCUCAUAAAGCUCUGGUGACGGAUGCUGGAGGGAUCGAAUUUUGGGCCCUCGUUGGGCGCCUUUGUCUUUUCAAAACUCUAAUCUUAUUCCAUUGGACGGCCCCACAUGCUUCUUAUUCUGGCUACAGCGGCAAUUGGGCCGGUGACGUCGAUGGCGAUGACCUCGGAAGAGAUGAAAGAGCCAGCUUUCUCGCCCAGCUUUUCUUCUCGUGGCUGGAGCCAUUGUUGUGGAAGGCAUUCAAGGCGGGCUCGUUAGACUCUACCGUGGAUCUUUAUCCUCUCAACAGCCGUAUCAGCGCGGCCGCCGUGGUGCCCGAAUUUCGCAUGAGGGCCGCCGCCGCCGCCAACUUUCUGUGGAAAGUAUUCCAUUUUCUCAAGUGGGAUUUACUUCGACAGGGUGCGUGGGCAGCAUUGACUGGUGUCUUGGUGUUUGUGCCGCCCGUCCUAAUAAAGUUGAUCCUCGAAUACCUUGCGGCGGGUCGUGUCAACCCUUCCACGGCAUGGCUUUACGUUCUUGGACUAUUCUCUGCGAACAUCACGGCUAGCAUGUCCGAUUGUCAAUGUGGCUGGGUUGGCUUCAAGCUCGGCGCUAAGCUCCGAACUGUACUAUUCGACCAGGUUUAUGGCAAGGUUAUGCGGCGUCGCAUGGUGGGAUCUUCGUCCUCUUCGGGUGGUGCGGAUUCAGCCCCAGGAACCAAGUUCACAUCUGACGGCGCCAUCUUUAAUUUCGUAUCAGGGCUGACAAGGAUUCAGGACAUUGACUUCAUAUCCACAAUGAGUGGUAGUGUCUACCUGGUCUGGGUGACGUUCCCGGUGCAGAUCACCAUUGGCACUUGCCUCCUGUACCAGAUCAUGGGCAUCAGCGGCGUCCUGGGCGUCGUCCUGAUGAUAGCCUUAUUACCACUAAAUGUGAUGGUGUCCAAACGCUUGGCUGCAGUUCAGAGUCAGCUGCUGGGGGCAAGCGAUGCCCGCAUCCAGGCAAGCAAUGAUCUCUUUGGGGCAAUUCGUACGAUCAAAUUCUACUCCUGGGAAUCACACUUCCGUCGACGUGUCCUGGAAAAGCGACAGGCUGAGCUCAAGAUCUUGCGAAAUCGUUUUAUAUGGUGGUCCAUAUCUAUGACCGUCUUCUAUUCACUUCCUUUUAUCGUCACUAUCCUCACUUGCUUCUUCUAUACCAUUGUUUGGGACGGAAGACUUGGCACAUCGAUUGCAUUCCCAGCGCUGGCGACAUUUGCGGUUCUACGCAUACCACUUAAUCGGCUGGCGGAUUCAAUUACCUUCCUCAUUCAAGCUCACGUUUCGCUCGUGCGGGUGACCAAGUUUCUAGAAGAACCGGAAACAGAGAAGAAGUCCCAAAUUUCGUGCAACGCAGAUCAGUCAUUUAUUGGAUUCAAGGAUGCCAGCCUAAAAUGGCCUGUAGAAAAGAUCCAAGCCGGUUCAUCUGCAGGGGACAGCAUUCCCGUGGGUGAGUUGGCGCCGCCAGCAGGGUUUCGAUUAGAAAAUCUGAAUGUUGCUUUCAGAAAAGACGGGCUAAACACUAUUUGCGGUCCCAACGGUUCUGGGAAGACGGCCGUUCUGUUGGCACUGCUGGGUGAGCUUCAUCUGGAGCAGGGGCAGGUCGGUUUUCAUAACAACAACAAUUCCCGGAAAGACAGCCUGCAAGGGGGCACCCACGAUCUUGACGAAUCAGCAGCGUAUUGUCCUCAUGAGCCUUGGAUCACAAAUCAAAGCGUGCGAGAAAAUAUCUUGCUCGAGACACAAUUCCACCUCUCUCGAUAUGAGGAGGUCCUUCAGGCAGUUGCCCUCAACCAAGACCUGGCCGCAUUCAGCGACGGGGACAUGACCUCGGCAGGGGAGAAUGGAAGCCGUCUUUCUGGCGGCCAAAAGCAACGAAUUUCGCUAGCUAGGGCUCUUUACAGUACUUCCAAGUACGUCCUACUUGACGACUGCCUCAGUGCUUUGGACUCGCGAACCGCGAAACAUAUCUUCUUCAACGCGAUCAAAGGACCUCUCAUGAAAGGUCGGACUUGCAUCCUCGCGACCCAUCACACCCAACUCGCCGUGCCCCACAGCGACUAUGUGGUCGUUCUAGACUCCGGGAAGGUCAAGACCCAGGGACCACCAACUGAUAUCUUUCUGAGGAGUAAUUUCGACAUUGGCAGAGAACAACAGAAAGCCGGGGCGGUCAACACGAUCUCACUGGACGAGAGCGAUAUUGGCGAGGAUGCUGACACUCCACCAAAAGAGACCACUGCCCCAAGCAGCAAAGACGUCAAGGGGGAAUCAAAAUCGGGUGAGGGCUCGGUAGCGUGGUCCGUGGUCAGAAGCUAUCUUGCCGACAUGGGACAAAGCUGGUUCUGGAGCUUGGUUUUUGCCGGCUUUGCUGCUCAACAAUUCGUUUCACUCGGAACAAACUUAUGGAUGAAGGUUUGGGCAAAGCAAUACGAUGCUUUGGUUGAAUCUGAAAUGUCGAACGAAAAGCCAGCUGAUGUCCCAACGGCGUACUAUCUAUUGAUUUACAUCUCGAUUUGUGUUGCUUAUGCAGUGGUCACGCUGCUGCGGGAUCUCGUCACUUUCUCGGGGUCUCUGAAGGCGUCUACCGCCAUAUACGAGCGACUGCUGAACCGUGUGACUUCCGCGAAAAUCUCUGUAGGUCAAAUAACGAAUCGAUUUUCGAAAGACAUCAGCGUCGUCGAUCAAUCCCUGGCAUCAUUCUCCGUCAGCGUCCUCCAAAUUGUUGCUACUGUGGCAAUGGUCGUGAUUCUCGUCUUUUGGGCGAUUCCCAAUGUCUUCCUUGUCCUGGUCUUGGGUGUCAUUUGCAUUGCAUAUUAUUACACUACGGCUCUCUACCUUCAAGGUGCCCAGGAUCUUAAGCGUAUCGCGGCCAGCUCACGUUCUCCACUGUAUCAACAAGUCGGCGAGACGAUUUCAGGGUAUAUCAGCAUCCGAGCGUAUGGUCGAGAGGCUUUGUUCACAGCCAAACACCACAGGCUGGUGAAUGGCCUUAACCAGCCUUACAUUCUCCUGGCCGGAAGCAAGCAAUGGCUCACUAUGCGCGUGGGAAUCCUCAGCAGCGUCAUCACACUGGUCACCAGCUCAUUUGUCAUCCUUCGCGCAUCAUCAAUCGACGUGGGCGUUGCAGGUCUCGUCCUGACGUAUGCCGCUACAUUCACCGAAAAUAUGUUGUGGUUCAUUCAGCUAUACGCGAUAAUCCAACAGAGCCUGACUUCCGUGGAGCGAAUCGUUGAGUAUACCACAAUUGAGCAAGAAGAAACUGAGCCCAGCCCCACCUCGACAACCAGACCAACAGAUUUGCUGGACCCGCCCCAGAGUUGGCCUUCAGAAGGCCACGUCCAGUUUCACAAUUUCACCGCUAGAUAUGCUCCAAAUUUGGAUCCAGCCCUCAGGUCGAUCAGCUUCGAAGCAAGGCCUGGCGAGCGCAUAGCAGUGGUCGGGCGCACAGGUGCAGGCAAGAGCUCUAUUCCUCUCGCGCUUUUGCGAGUUCUUCAGGGAGACUUCGGCCCGGGAAGUGGUCGGAUAGAAAUUGAUGGCGUCAAUAUCUCUGACGUCAAGCUAGAUACCCUGAGAGGCAAAGCAUUGUCUGUCAUCCCCCAGGACCCGCAGCUUUUCUCUGGAUCUGUGCGCGACAACAUCGACCCGCUCGGACAACAUGUGGAUGCUGAGAUACUCACUAUUCUGAGAUCGAUGCAGGACCAUGAAAUGGCCCAAGACAUGAAUUUAGACGCUCCAGCCAGUGGGCUCUCCCGCGGACAGUCUCAGAUGCUAUGCGUCGCGCGUGGCUUGCUUCGACGCACUCGCGUGCUGGUGCUGGACGAAGCAACCGCGAAUGUUGAUCAUGUGGCUGACAAGGCCAUUCAAGCUGGUCUCAAAUCAUUUGUGGCAGAAGGAAACACCACUGUCAUCACGAUUGCACACCGGCUUCUGACAAUUGCCGAGUAUGACCGAGUCUUGGUUUUAGAUGAAGGCCGCAUCGUGGAGCAGGGCACCGUGCGCCAAUUGCUGGAACAGAAGGGAACCGGGAAUAUUUUCAGGACUUUGUGUGAAGAAUCUGGAGAUAUGGAUGCUAUCAAGGCGUUGGCUGGCCUGAGAUAG